AUGCCGCAUCGCCCGCACGAUGACGACCCUUGUCGGGUCGAUUUGUCGCACUUCGGCCAGUUCCGCGACCGCAAGAACAAGGGGCACACCUUCCGCCGCUUGUCCAUCUUUGUUGGCUAUGCCGACCCCGAACUGCAGCGUGGGAAUCUCAAGAUGAUCCGCUUCAUCGACGUGGAGCAAAUGUGCAUCGCCACCUUAGAAGGCAUCAACCUCGCAAAGCAGAAGUACAUAGCCCUCAGCUACGUCUGGGGCGUUGCCGUCCAGCACCUGAGGCUCGACACCACCACCGCCGACGCCUUGGCCAAACCGGGGUCCAUGGCCGGCGAGGCGCUGCUCCCGACUACGCCGACUCCAUCCUGCUGA